AUGUUAUUCUUACAAUCUGCACGUCUUGGCCAGCCGUCCCCCAGCCUCAGCAGCCGUGUCAGGGUCAAAACAGACUACUUAGAACCCGAGCUGACUCGGGGCAGUCGUGCACACACCAAACGACGUAUACCCUCAGCUUCUGACUUGUCCAGUGAAAGUUCUAUUAUUGAAACUCCACGCUCCUCAGAACAGGCUUGUCCGUCAGCUGCAAGUUCUGACGAUUUAACUGCUGUCGGGUGCCAUUCGAAGCGAAGGCGCGUAGAAGUAGAGGAGGACUGUAUUGGUUCAUUGGCGUCCAUCCAACGUCGCCGAAACUGCACCCAGGUCACUAGCCACUGUUUUGCGGAAGUUUUUGGUGCUCACAGCCAAGAAUACCCUAGUACUCCAAUAAUCCAGACCUUGGAUCACAAGGGUCCUUCAAACUCCAAUCGUGAGCAAGAUUUACCCGUAGGAUUUCCCAAUCGCGGAAAAACGGGUUCCUGUAACAGCAAAAAGCUGCGGGGGAAAGGGCAUGUUGGUGCCAGUUCAACGGGGGACCCAUCUAUCAUUGAUCAACAUCAGCAAGUUGACUUUGGCUUCUUUUCACCUACAUCACAUCCCACAAUCUUUUCACCUACAUCACAUCCCACAAUCAACGAGAUGCCGGCUGAUUUCGGUGAGCUGUCACAGAAGUCGUCUGCAACUAAAGUCUUAACUCGUGGCGCAAAGAGUCGUAAUGAACUCGACUUAUCCGGUGGAGGCAAUGACGGUGGCGGUGGAGGCUGGUUCCGUUCAUUCACCUGCUUUGCCAACAACACCGCCGAUGAUCAAACGGCAAUAGAUCUUUCAGGAUCUUCAUCUUCAGCCAGUAAAAUGACUCUACCAGCUGGGUCAGCACCCGUUUCUUCCUUCAUCCCCGACGGCAUUGACUUCACAAAUCCUCCCCAGCCAACAACUUCUCACGAUUUGUCGAAUGCCACCACAGCGGGCGGUGGCGGACUCCUUCGUUUUGUCACUUCCUUUUCCUCUUCCUCCUCCUCAUCAUCUCGUCAGCGGCAACACCGCAAUGCACCUUCCACUAGACAGGAUGCGGGCAAACGGGGUCUGGUUGUAGGAGGAGGCCGCUCAGGAGGACGCGGUGGAACUGCUUCAAGUGGCGGCAGUGCUGGCGGUGCGUUUGCCUCACACCACCACAACCAUCAUCACGGACAAGGCCAACAGCAGGGUUCGGGCAUUAAUUAUCGCACUUUACAGCUUCAACAGUCUUUCGGGGAUGUCUCCUCACAACUAGUGAUACUACAGGAAAUCAAUCAGGCUCUGCUAAUGGGAUCAGAGGAGUCGCUUGUGGGCUUGGCAGUGCACAAUCUCGUUUCCGUCAUUGUCGACCUCUUGGGCGCAGAGAAGUCGUUGGCCUCGUUGCCUGACGAGGAGGUGAUUGAGUUGAAAAACCUCAUCUGCAACAUUCUGGCCCAUCUGAUGGAUGUAAUGCCCAAGGCUGCGGAUGCCGUGGUCAUGGCGAUCCCCCUGCUACUCAGCACCAUGUCGUCCAGUUUCGUCGGUGAUAUCCUGGAGCGGAUCAUUAAUGUCCUCGAACAGGUGUCUCGAAGACACGGACGCCAAGUCCUCCUCUAUGGUGGUGUUGCUACUGUAAUGGGCUACUACGAUUUCGUCACGGUUGCCCAACACCGGACAAUCCUCUCCAUGGUGGCGAACUGCUUCGCAGACGUGCGUCGCGAGGACUUUUCCACGCACAUUGCAAGCUGCUUGCCGAGUUUGUGCGACCGUCUGGCCUGUGAAGCUCCCGGAUCCUCCACAGAACCGCGUUGUGUCGAGCGGGUCUGCUUGUGCUUUGCCCGUCUCAUCGAAGCCUACAAAUGGGAACCGGAAAUAUUGAGGCAGAUCGCUUCCUUCGGAUUGUGUCAACACCUCAAACAACUCAUUGCUGCUUCUCCGCCGAUAGUGUCGAAUAUGCAGGACAUCGCGUGCAUGUUGGCGACGCUCUGCACCUACUGCCCAGACCUCGCCGUGGAUAUACUGAAAUUGGGCAAAGCAGACGUAGGGACAUGUCUUUCGCCUUCAGUCGACGAAGGCUACGCAGAGACGCUCUACACACUACUGACAGACCAGAGGCCUCACGAAAUUAGUUUCCUUUCGCCCAACACAACGGGUGGGAAAAAUGGGUUCCAGUGUACCUCAAGCCGGACGAACAUCGCCAGGGCGCUAGAGAACCGCGGACCCAAGAACAUCAGUGCUAUCAUCCACCUCAUCAGUGCUCUACUGCCUCCGGUUCAUGAGAAUGCCAUCUCUCUUAGUCCUCCGCUCAGUUCUUCUCGUGAUGACUCGGGCUCAAAGAGCACCCCAGAGGUUGCAGAUGUGCGGGUCGCCCUCAUUCAGCAGCAGUGCAAGGCCUUUGAGGAGUUGGUGUCUCGCGCCAAACGGAAGACCUCUUGCUGUGACGGCGUGCAGCACCACCAUGAAGGCGACGGAAAUUCGGCCUCUUCAGUUCCCGAAAAUGAUGAUUUGGUGUUGGUGAAAGCCAUCCAUCUGCUCCUUCCAAUGUUGUUCGAUCUGUACGCGGAACUGAACGGCAUUUCUCCACGACUGAGGUGCAUUGAGGCUAUUCAUAGGAUCGUCUACUACGCGAGUCCAUUUGUGCUCUCCUGGACGGUUUCCCCGCGUUCAGUGUCCGCCAUGGUUGCCGGCAUGCUUGCGAGCCCCGAAUUCGCCAUAAUUGCCGCGGGCUUGCAACUUGCCAACCUCUUUAUCACGCGCAUUCCACUCGUCUUCUCUGCGUACUUCCGCAAAGAGGGCGUUCUUUUCCACCUCAAGCGACUCGCGUCUCUUGCUGCCGAGAAACAGGAGGAAGUAGCCGGCGGCGAUGAAUCGGCGACAACGGCGCAGGUCUUUUUCCCACCAUCGACUUCAAAGUCAUCAACCUCCUUGGAUACUUUGACUGAUUCUGCUUCAUCUUACGCAAUCUCAUCUCAGCAUUUAUCGUCAUCCCUGUGGACCUCCAACCCAUUGCCACUGCUCUCUGCCGCGAAAAGUAGCCGGUUCUCUGUGACCACCCCCGGGGGUAAUCUUCUCCGAAGGCCGACCACAGAAAACGCAAACAAUCAGCUCAGACCACAGCCCGUCCAGUUACGACCUCCUCGACGCAGUCAUCGAUUGACUCUUCAAGGUGCCUCCGCCAAUUGCCACCAACAGGCAGUCAGUAAGACACCCGACCCCUCCGCUGUCCCAGGCUCCUCGGAACCUCCGUGUGGUAUGCUUGUCCUCGAGGACUCCGCACAGGUGACGCCCGAGUCUCCCGCGUCGUCGUCCACAUCUUCAUCAACUUCAACCCUCGACGUGGACUUGGGGGCUGAGGCGAGCCAAAUUUUGCCAAGCCCGAUCCUUGCAAUGACCAACGCCGCAAGUGGUUGUCAAGAUACCAGUCUCCGUGCCUGGAUCACUUCGCAGUGUCAGGAACUUCAUAAUCGAAUCCAGGAGCUUGUCACGACGCCCCACAAUUCGGAUACCCUGGCGUCCAAGGCUGCGGCAGCAAGCAAAAAGACCCGUAGGCACUCAGCGGUCGCCGUGACUACCGUUAACGUCGCGCGUGAUUUGGUGCCCGAACUUGAAGCCGUGAGCCAGCAGCUAUUGGUCGCUGACGAUCCAAUAGCAUGGAUCGGCGGCUUAAAACGGCUCGCCACCUUAUUGACUAAAACAAACGCCACCGAGGACGAGGCUCCAUCGCCGUUUGAGAUUCAACGAAGCGGACUCUUGAAGGCGUUGCACUCUUUCCUCUCCCAACUCACGGAACGGCGAUUGAGAGCAUAUCUUUUCUUGAGGGUGUUUGUCGGAACUCGAUACACAGACAACAUUUGCCUGAAUUUGCUCUGCGAGAAGCCCAAAAUGCUGGAAAUGACCACUGGUGCCCUCGAGGCUCUGCACCAACCGGCUGAUGACCGCCUGGUGCAUGACCAAGCCUUUCCCAUUCUCAUCAACUGCCUUCUUGACUGUCUUCAUCAGCAGGAACAUUUCCAGGUGCUCACCGGACCGACCUCUCUGUCGAGCGCAGAGGCCUGUGCUGAGGAGAUGCUCCUUGCAACCCACCGGGGCGGUAUUCCCAGUAGCCUCCUACUCCCGACCGGCGGCGUCGCCUUAUCCGACACGAGGUUGCGUCGUAGCGGUGGCACCUCCAACCGAAGUGCCUCUUCCAAGUCCUCAAGUGGCCAACCCCAUCGUCUUUUGCCCCGCCGCUGGUCAGCAGUGGUGCCGGGCUUUCUCAAACUGGAACUAGUUCGACAAGUGGAGGAAAGCACUACUGCCACCUCGUCGAGGAAGUCGUCUUCGGAGAACGAUGGGUCCUUGAAGGGCACGUUUUGGGAGAAUACUCCUCUUAGUCUGCCUCUACACAACCUUCAACUUCUCCUGGUGCAAAGAAGUUUCCUUGCCUCGCUUGUCUCCGUCCCGGAAAACAGCCAAAAUCAGCUGGUAGAUGAUGAUGGCAGUGGCGUCGCGUCUUUUUCCCACCCAGCACCUCACCAACAGCCCUACCGUCGUCGCCUUUACCGGCGUCAGGAACCACAGUUGCAUCCCGAGGAAGAAGUGGCUUCGUCCUCCACAAAGAUCCGAGUGCCGCAUCACUCGACUGCUCCCGACAGCAUACGUCAUGAUAAGCUCCCCGCCCAAUCGUCAUUUUCUCGUAGUUCGGAGGUGGUUGAACUCGUCAUGGGACGUGAAUCUGCUUCCAGCAGAACUUCGGCUUUAAAGCCAAAGGAGGCGUUUUCUCGACCGAAGAGUAUGUCGCUUCUGGCGGCCUUCGGGAUGCUCCAAUUCUCCGGCUCUUCCUCCUCCUCGUCCUCCGGCCUGAUGGCGGCAGCACCCUCAUUCUUGGCCCCCUCAACACUCUCUCCCUCUGAUGGAGGCGGUUCCUCCUUGCAGCCAUCAUCGUCCACGGCCACGCACUCCCACAACCGGUCCCUCGUCGCAGGUGGCAGGAGAGACAACUCUCACCAUCACCACCCGGCCUCCUCCAGGUACCACCACCACCCCCACUCGGCUUUCAUGUCCUCCGGAGUCAGUGACCUCUUUGGUUCUGUCGCGGCCGCUGCUGGCGGCAACAAUGGCCUCGUGCCCGUCUUCUACAUCAACGGGACGCGUGUUCCCGGUCAGAUGCCGCUGUACCAGGCCAUCCGCAUGUUUUCUGUUGAUGUCAGUGAACGAAGUCGAGAGUUGCUAAAUGGUCACCGGUUCUCGAUGACAGAGCAAAAUCGGGAGGACCAGAUAAACGCGUUUAUGUGGCGGCAUGUCCACACUGUCCAGUACCGUCUCGAGAAAGCCGCGUCCUCGUCCUCAAGUGUUGAAUCCCCAACUCGUCUCUUGUCCCCUGCCUCGUUGUUUCUCAAAAAUCCCGCAUCGAGCAUUUCUUCUGGCGCCUCGGCGUCAUCCUCUAGUAAACUCUCUCCCACCUCUCAUCUCUCCUCGGCGAUCAGCUGUUUGAAGCGGCCUCGCCGCCCCGAUGACGGGCAUAGUCAGUUGGUUCAGUCAACGACUACGUCGUCUCGUUUCUUCUCCUUCCUGGACCCGAUCGUGGAGUGCAACACCCUCUCCGACGGAUAUCUAUCCACCAACCUGUUGCUGCUUCGAGCUCUCUACGGUCUGAGUGAGGUCGGCAACACCCUGGACGACCUGAUCGAACCGUUCCCCAUCAUUCCUGUGGACCACUUCCGAAGUCAAAAACUCUCCGCGAAAGCAUUGCGGCAGCUUCAGGACGCGUUUUGCGUUCUGGCAGGGAAUCUGCCCAACUGGCUGGUGCAGAUGAUCUCCACUUGCCCGUUCCUCUUCCCCUUCUCUGUCCGGCAAAACUUCUUUUAUGUCCACAAUUUCGACCGAGACAGAACCAUCCUCCAUUUACAGGCAAAAAACGACAUGGGCCGUCUUAUCGCCCUAAUUUACAUUGUCUGCCGCUCCCUCUUCCAGGACUCGAUAAUGAAUGGGUCUGUAGAUAGUGAAUCACCGGGAAGCAGUGCAAACGCUAGUGGUGUAGGGACUGGCAACGCAGCUGCCUCCAGCCACCCCUCCUCACCCUCCCCCAGGCUCCCUCACCAAAACCAAGCCUCCGGUCUCCGGCUGGGCGCCGCCGAGGCCGGCAACACCACCGCGGCCGUGCUCGAAAGUCUCCUGGUGGACUCCGCUUCGCAGGUCCAAAGACACAAGAUAACGGUGCAUCGUGACGCCAAGCGUCUCCUGCGGGCUGCCGAGUCGGCCCUCUCAGAGCUUCGUGACUCGCGCUCGAUCCUCGAGAUCGCCUUUGAAGGUGAAGUCGGUUUCGGGCUGGGACCCACUCUUGAGUUCUACACCCUGGUUAGCCACCAGCUCAUGACCGCUAACCUGAAUCUUUGGCACGGCCACAACUUCACUGCUGAAGGCUACAUUAUAGCCCCCGCCCCUGGGCUCUAUCCCAGACCUCUUGCCAAAAAUGUGCGCGCUUCUCAGUCCAGAGAAGUCCGGGCCAAGUUUUUCUUCCUGGGUCAGUUGAUGGCGCGGUCGUUGCUCGACUUGCGCCACCUUGAUCUCUCUCUGUCACCGACCCUCUUCAAGUGGUUCCUCUACACCCAAACACCGGAGGAGGAUCUGGUCCUGUGUGGCCCUCGCGUCGGCGUAACUCCCGCCGACAUCGCAUUGGUAGACCCUCAACUCGCCAAGCACUUCCGCUCCCUCAUGAAAAUGAGUCGACGAAGGCAGGAAUUGGGCGCUGGGGCGGAAGAGGAGGUUCGAGCCAUCGACUCCGACAUUGAGGACCUUUGUCUGAACUUCACGUUGCCCGGAUAUCAAAUCGAACUCUGUCGAAAUGGUUCGCAAACCUCCGUCACGGGUAGCAAUCUAGCUGAGUACCUUCAUCUCUGCGCGAACUGGCUCCUGGUUGAGGGCGUUCGUCGCCAGAUAACUGCCCUCAUCGAAGGCUUUGAUUCCGUUCUUCCGGGCAUUCGGACGGGCAAAUUGGCUGCCCUUUUCCGUCCAGACGAAUGUGAAGGUCUUUUCUGUGGUUCUGGCGGAUUCGGUGGUCUCUACCGGGACCAGCUGGCCUUCCUGCAGGGUAUUGAGACGUCUGUGUCGUCCACGCAAACUGUCGUGACACCUUCGAAGACGACCACAGCUUCGGGCUGGGACGUCGACACGCUUAUGAAAUCCUGUCUUUGUGACCACGGCUACACCCUACAAUCUAAGGCCAUUCAAAACCUGUUCGAGAUCAUGUCGGAGUUCGAUGAACCGCGCCGACGUCUGUUUAUCCAGUUCGCCACCGGCAGUCCAAGACUCCCGAUAGGAGGUUUUCGUGCGUUGAAGCCCCCUCUGAAGAUCGUGAUGAAGCGUGAGGCGGAGGAGCACGCCGACAGACACCUGCCCUCGGUGAUGACCUGCCAAAACUACCUGAAGCUGCCCAACUACUCGACGAAGGAGAUUAUGCGCGAGAAGUUGCUCUACGCAAUUCACGAGGGUCAGCAUGCCUUCCACCUGUCUUAG